AUGAUGUUUUCUACAAAGAUUAAGGUAUAUUCAAAAUAUAUGGAGACAAUAUUAGCACCUAAUGGUUUCCAGGGGCCUACCAGUGGUUUGGAUAUCAAUAAAUGGAAGCAUUACCCUGGUAAUGAUAAUGUAGCUUUUAGUUUGUUUGCUAAGGACAACUGCAUCGUUGUUAAGCUCGUUUUGCAACAUUCUUUUACCCUUGAAGAAAUCUCUUUCCCAAUCAAUGAUAGUACAAAUACUAUCCAAUUCACUGAGAUGGCUCCUGCACUCUCUGUAAAGUAUCUUGGAUUCCAAAAUGAAAAUAGGGUGAUGAAUAGGUUCCAGGUUGUGUUCAAUACUGUUGAAGAUUUUGAAAGGGUUUCAUCCAUUUUAAAAUAUCUUAAAUGUGCAAUUAAAAUUGCAAAGACAACAGGGCAAUACAAACCUAUCGAAAGGCCUAUUCAACAAAUAAUAAGCUCUAAUUUAAACAAUGAAGUUAGUUUAAACCAGGGGAGAACGGCUUGGGAUAACAAUGAUACUCAAUCAAAUUUAAAUCUAUAUAACAAUAAUGUCAUGGGAAAUAAUUUAGAUUUCCAUUCAGAGAAAAGAAGAGACACAAUUGGCAUAAUUGAAACACAAUUACAAGACAGCCAGUAUUUCAGUGAAUAUAGUGGAGAAAAUAUUGGAAAUUAUUUUGAUAAAAUGAAUGUUAAUUUGAAUAAUUCACCGGGUUCAAUUAAGGCCUUUGCAACCAAUAACACUACUAUUGACAAGAAAAAUCUACUAGCUAAAUAUAGUGGAGCUGAAAUAGAUUACAGUUUGAACAAUGCCACCACUGGUAUUUAUAGAAAGAAACCAUUAUUACAAGAGAACAAUAGUCCUUCCCAAGAAAACAAUAUGACACUGGCACAUGCAAAAUCCCAGACAGCAAAGUCAGCCAGCAAUAUAGAAAUAGAUAAUUCCCAAGUUUCAAAUAAAUUAGAUAGGGAUAUCUUAUUGGAAGGUUCAAAUAAAGCAAUGCUUAAUAGUACUUAUAAUUUUAAAAUAUCAGAAGAUAGAGGUAUCACAAAAGAUUAUAACAAGACUACAAGUGCUAAUGAAAAAAAUGUUGUCAAAAAUUGCCCUGACAAUGAGUCUGGAAACUCAGAUAAUAUACUUCAAAAUAAUCUAGAUAAGGAAAAUAUUCAAAAGGGGAUAGAUGAAAUCGAUUCUAGUUAUUUGGAUAAUAGCAAAACAUCUACAAACUUACCGAUUGAACAGAAGGGAGCAGCACUAAGAGACAUACGUAUUUCAAAGGUUUUGAUUAAGAGAAAGCUUGGCGAUGAGAAGUUCAAUAGAUGGGUACGUAAAGAUAUUUUUUUUGAAAUUACAGUGUAUUUUUACUAA